UCUUUCUUCUGCACUAUCCUUGGAUUUGUCUUCGUUUACUUCGUUACUUUCGUAUUUCUUCAUUUAUUCCUUAAUAUCUUCGUACUUCGCUCUAGCUAGCUCCUAUAAACAUGGCAUUACGUCUAGGAUUAGCUACCUCUUGUCGUUUUGCUCGAAAGCAAGCUCACGGGACGUUGCCAAGAGUGUUUCGUGUGGCACGAUGUUCAUCAGCUGUUUCGGAUGCAAACCUCCAGUUGCCUGUAAAGGACAAAAAGCUCUUCACCCCUGGUCCUCUUGGGACAUCAUUUGAUACAAAGAAAGUGAUGAUGAGAGAUGUUGGWUCRAGAGACGAAGACUUUGUUAACUGCGUUCAAUUCAUAAGGCGUAAACUGCUUGAAGUUGCUGGGGCUUCUCCUAAAGAGUACACAGUGAUACCAGUUCAGGGCAGUGGAACAUAUUCUAUUGAGUCAGUAUUGACAACAGCCACACCUAGGGAUAGCAAUGCAAAACUACUGAUAGUUGUCAGUGGUGCUUAUGGAAAGCGUAUGGUGAAGAUAUGUGAAAUUGCAGGCAUCAAUGCAAUUGUACUUGACGGACCUGAGGAUCAAAAAGCCGAUGUUCAUGCUGUAGAGAAAGUCCUUCAAGAAAACCCAGAUCUCAGUGGUGUAUGCAUAGUACAUUGUGAGACAACAUCUGGUGUUAUUCACCCGGUGGAAGCAGUUGGCAAACUUGUCCAAAAGUACACACCRAAUGCAUUUUUCUUUGUUGAUGCCAUGAGUAGUUUUGGUGCAAUUCCACUGAACUUAGAGAAUGCUCGUGUUUCAUACAUGGUUAGUUCUGCCAAUAAAUGYAUAGAGGGUGUCCCUGGGUUUUCCUACAUCAUUGCUAAYACUGMUCAYUUGAUGAAGUGUAAGGGACAGGCAAGAACUCUGUCUCUUGACUUUGUUGAUCAGUAUGAGGUUUUAGAGAAAACAGGACAGUUCAGGUUUACUCCUCCAACACAGUCAAUGCUGGCAUUUAGAAAAGCUUUACAAGAGCUUGAUGAAGAGGGUGGUGUUGUAGGACGAGCAGAGAGAUACAUGGAUAACAGACACAUUCUACGAGAUGGUAUGAGGAAAUUUGGUUUCAAAGAGUUUCUGGAUGAUACCCAUGAAGGMUAUAUUAUCACAUCAUUCCACUAUCCAAAGCAUCCCAACUUUGACUUCUCAGACUUCUACAAGCGCCUCAGUGAAAAGAAUCAAGUAAUUUAUCCAGGCAAAGUCACCAAAACAGAUUGCUUUAGGAUUGGUAACAUUGGUUAUCUGUUUCCCAAGGAUAUGGAAUACUUACUAAGUUGUAUUGAAGAAGUCAUGAAAGACAUGAACAUCCCAUUGCCGCUAGAUGAGCAGUAAAYUAGGACCAAGCAUGGAUAAGUAGAAUAUAGAUUGACUCAGGUAUUCAAGUGUCAUGAAGUACUGUAUUUCAUGCUUUUAGAGUACCUACUGAUUUGUUUACCUUAAGCCAUAGCAUCAAACAUGCCAAGUCRUACUUUUCAGAAUCUCUAAAGAUCCUCGGUUAUUACCAUAUAAACUCUAUUAGUACUUUAGUUAGUAGAAAUCCAAAUAAUUUAUUAUUCAUUGAUUCAGUCAAUACUCAUUAAUUAAUAUAAGCAUCCAAGUGGAAUUGUGUAAAAGGUAUAAUUAGAUUUAUUGUAAUUAUCUKUUGUUUUCUCAAGGGUCAUGUAAAUGUGGAAAAACAAACAAAUAAAAUUUGAUUUUUUUAGGAGUA